CAUCUGGUCCCGCUCCCCGACCCAGGGUGAGACUGCCGAGGCGGGGAGCCCCGGCGCUUCCUUUAUUCCAUUUCGCCUUGUCCCGGGCUACGGCAGCGGCGUGAGGCGGGCGUAAGCCAUGGAAGAAUUAAUAGUUGAACUGCAGCUGUUUCUUCAACUUCUGGACCAUGAAUACUUGACAUCCACUGUCAGGGAGAAGAAAGCAGUUUUAAAUAACAUUCUUCUAAGGAUACAGGCAACAAAAGACUUUGAGAUAAAGGAAAGUGUACAGAAACAAGAGAUUGCCAUCAAUUUACCUGCGCCACCUCAGAUGCCUUUGCCAGAAAUCCCCCAGCAAUGGCUGCCACCAGAUAACGGUCCUCCUCCAUUGCCUUCCUCUUCUCUUCCUGAAGGUUACUAUGAGGAGGCUGUGCCACUCAGCCCAGGGAAGGCUCCUGAAUACAUUACAUCCAAUUAUGAUUCUGAUGCAAUGAGUAGUUCGUAUGAAUCUUAUGAUGAAGAAGAUGAGGAUGGAAAAGGGAAAAAAAUGAGACAUCAAUGGCCAUCUGAGGAAGCAUCAAUGGACCUUGUUAAAGAUGCUAAAAUCUGUGCCUUUCUUUUACGAAAAAAACGUUUCGGGCAGUGGACCAAACUGUUGUGUGUGAUCAAAGAAAACAAACUAUUGUGCUAUAAAAGUUCCAAGGAGCAGCAGCCUCAGAUGGAACUGUUAUUGUGUGACUGCAGUAUUACAUAUAUUCCCAAAGACAGUAAAAAGAAGAAGCAUGAGCUAAAAAUUGCACACCAAGGACAAGAUGCUCUAGUUCUUGCUGUACAGAGCAAGGAGCAGGCAGAUCAGUGGCUGAAGGUAAUAAAGGAAGUUUGCAGCACCUAUGUUGGCACAGUAGACUCAGAUGGACCAUCAUCUAAUUCUGUGCAUAAGACUGAUCUGGAAAAGAAACUAUCCUCAGAAAGACCAAGUUCUGAUGGAGAAGGUGUGGUAGAAAAUGGCAUAACCACUGUUUGUAAUGGGAAAGAACAUGUAAAGAGAAAAAAGAGCUCAAAGAUGGACUCCAAAGGGACUGUAUCUAAAGUAACAGGAAAGAAGAUAACAAAAAUAAUUGGUUUAGGGAAAAAAAAACCAUCUACUGAUGAACAGACCUCAUCUGCUGAAGAAGAUAUACCAACAUGUGGAUAUCUUAAUGUGCUCUCAAAUAACCGUUGGCGUGAGCGCUGGUGCAGAGUGAAAGAUAAUAAGCUUAUAUUUCACAAAGACAGGACAGAUCUAAAGACUCAUAUCGUUUCUAUUCCUCUCCGUGGCUGUGAAGUUAUUCCAGGAUUGGAUUCCAAACAUCCCCUGACAUUCCGUUUGCUUCGAAAUGCUCAGGAGGUUGCAGUAUUAGAGGCUUCAUCUUCAGAAGAUAUGGGCAGGUGGAUUGGGAUUUUGCUGGCUGAGAGUGGUUCAUCUGCAGAUCCUGGCACUCUGCACUAUGACUACAUAGAUGUGGAUGUGACAGCCAGUGUCAUUCAAGCUGCAAAGCAAACAUUCUGUUUUAUGAACAGACGGGUUCUUUCUACUAAUCCUUAUAGAGGAAAUGCUGCUAAUGGCUAUGCGUGUCCCAGCGGGAUGGCACUUCAUUAUGAUGAUGUUCCGUGCAUAAAUGGAUCAGUAAGAAUUGAUUUUUGUUGGGAACCAGAAGAUGGCUUUCCUCCUUCUUGUAGCAGAAACACAGGAGAAGAUGGGCUUUAUGAUAACAUGGGCCUGUAUGAUAACUUGCCAUCUCCGAAAAUUUUUGCACGUUGUCCACCAGCAGAGCGAAAAACCAAUAGGUUAACUACUGACAAACUGUCAUCUAACCAUUAUAAAUAUCCUAUCUCAUCCAAUCUGUCUUCUGCUCAGUCUAUCACUAAUACCUCUGCUGUGGGGAGGGGAUCUGUUGCACAGUUUAAAGGAAAGAAGAUGCCAGUAGCUGCAAAUGGAAUUUCAGGAAAAGGAAGAACAUUAAGUAAUUCACCAAAAAAAUCAGAAUUUGCUUCAAAUGUGAAACGUAGUAGCUCUAAUGCAGAUCAAUACAAAUACGGAAAGAAUCGUGUUGAAGCAGAUGCGAAGAGAUUACAAACAAAAGAGGAGGAGCUGUUAAAGAAAAAGGAAAUCCUGAGGAAUCACCUGGCUCAGCUACGAAAGGAAAGGAAAGAUCUUCGGGCAGCCCUCGAAAUGAAUCCUGGCAGGAAAUCCCUAAUAAUUCUUGAAGAUAAAUUAAAGAAGUUGGAAGAAGAGUGUAAGUUGAAAGAGUCUGAACGUGUGUCUCUGGAACUAGAGUUGACAGAGGUGAAAGAGAAUUUGAAAAAAGCCUUGGCUGGAGGCAUUACACUAGGAUUGGCCAUUGAACCUAAAUCGCGGAGCUUAGCUGCACAGUCCCCAGUUCUAAAGCAUCAGACACUGGAGAAUUCACCCAUCUCCAGUUGUGAUACAAGUGAUACAGAAUGUUCUAUGCCUGUGAACAGUGCAAUUGUCCUGAAAAGACAUUCCUCCUCAAGCACCUCUCCAUGCCGAGGCCAUGUGCUUCAGAAGGCAAAGGAAUGGGAGAUGAAAAAUGGAACAUAAAGAAGUACAGUUGUCGCUAGAAUUCUGCUUUGGGACUCUGACUCAAGAUGGACUAAGGAAGAUUAAUCUGCACAGGGGUAUUAAUGGGUUGUCAGUUCUGUUUAGCGAAUGGUCAGUAUGCUUAAUACAGCUAAAAGAAGGGCCUUCUUGAAUGUGUCAUUUUACUACAGUGAUUAUUUAAUCACUUAAAAUAUGAAAGAAACAGUUUAAAUGAUUAUGUAGAUGGAUCAGGUAAAACUAGCCCUAGCAAUUGUGUUGGAUGGAAGUGGAGAUUGGCAUGUUUCAGUACCCAUUUGGAAUAGUUUUAGGUACAUUUUAAUCACUAGAUAUGAAAUCCAGUCUUGAUUCCCUAAAACCUUGCUGUAUAAAUAUGGGGAUUCAUGGGCUUGUGAUAUUAAUUCAGCUCUUAUGAAUUUAUAUGAGAGAAGAAUGGAAAGCUGUUGUCACUGCAGAGGUUACACAUCUGCUGUUUUCCAUGGUGAUUAGGGACCAGAAAAAAGACUAAAUUCUCAACUAGGAAGUGAUAUUAGAAUAAAAUAGAAAGACAUUUUCCAACCCCAAGUAAAAAUACCUGUCUCUUUUUAAAUUCCUUUUAAAAAAUAUUGUAUUUAUUUGCUUGUUUGUUUUGAAAGGUUUUCAUGGAUUUUUUUUUAAAGUUAAAUAGCAAUAGGUGCCACUUCACACACACACACAAUAAAACUCCCCUCCAUUUUAAAAGUAGGUGCUUUGAAGCAAAUUUAUGAAAGAGCCAAAAGAACAAAUAAACCAUCAUUGUAUUCAAAAACAUUUCAGGACAAAAGACAAAUUCUGAUUAAGAAACCCCAAAUACCACCCAACUUAAAAAUGUUUAAAUUCCUUACUUUUUUUUAAUUAAAAAUCCUUAAAAUUGUUACUUUCUAUCUCAGAUAAAAGCAGCAAUGAAUGUCUCCAAAAAAAAAAAGAAAAGAAAUGGUGGUGUUAUUUCUAAUGCCGGUUAUCUAUUUAAAAGAUUAUGUAUGCGUCUGUGUGUGUACUCUAAGGCAACGAUGUAAAAUUCAUUUUUAAAAGACAUUCUUUUCUUGCUGUAAUUGUGGUUUAGGGCAUGAGCCGGGCUGUGAGUCAGGAAGUACCCAGCUGGGAAUCAUUAGAACUCACAGUGGCUCUGUGUCAGCCACUCCGUCUUAAUUUCCGAACACAACUUUCAGUACAGGGAUAAUAGUAACACCGACUUUGUAGACUUACUGAGAUAGUACUUGUGAAGUACCUAGAAUGCUUGAGAUGGUCUGUAUACCUUUCCAUUAUUGUCUUUCCAUCUUCAAAUAAAUGUAAAAUGUCUCCUCAGAUAGAUUUCUACUAUCCCUUUCUGUGCACGUGGGCUGCUUCAGUGUCAUCUGGCACAGGAUGCAAGACAGCUGGACAGGAAUCCUCCAUUGGACAGUAAACAGAUUUGCAAUGCUUUUGCGUUCCUGUCGUUCCUUUACAGUUCUGUUUCUUACCCAAGAGCUGUGACAAAAACCAUGGCUGGAGAGGCUCAUUGUUACCUCCUUUGCUCCCCUUCCCUGUCAUAUAAAAGUAGAAAGCCCCUGUAGGAACCUGCUGCUGAUAGGAAGCUCAGCGUAAGAGACAAGAUGGUCAGAGCUUUUUCUGUGUCCUCUGCUUCUCCAACCACCUAUCUUGUGUUUUGGGAAUGCUGAAAAUGAGUUAGAGUAGGUAAAAGCUCUCAAAAUGGCAUCGCUUCUGUGAACAGAGACCAAGGCACUCUAAACUAGUCACCCUUUCCUUAUGCAUCUGUACCUCUCACUUCAUAACACAAGUGACAACCUGAAGAGUCAAAGCAUAGGUCUGAAAUACAUUUGUUUUUAAAGCACCUUCUUUCUGGCUAACUAGAAAGCCAGGAAGAGAGAAAUGUGGUGGGAGGGAACUACUUGGGCAAGGCAGAAUGCUUUGGCCAUCAGUCCUUUUUUAUAGUUUAAUCCCCAACUCUGCAUUGGAUAUGGCAUUUAUUUAUUGUAUUGGCUGUGCUCUCCAUGUCCAUAAACUGCAAGUCAUGGUAGAAUUAAAGAUUUUCAGCUAGCCAUGUCCAGCCAUGGCUUCAGGAUGGAGGUAGCUUGUUUUAUCCUGGAAUUGUCUUGCUCAGUCUCGCAUAAGUUGUUUAUUUCUUUGAUUCUGAUAUGCCUGUUCUCUAGAACACUCUCCUCCCUAUUAUCUAGAAGAUGCCUUUGUAUUAGGGUUAUUAAGCCUUUGCUGGAGUCUUACAAAUGCUGUGAGGCCUUCCCUGUAUGAAUGCAGUUAUUCUUCGGAUGAUUGUUUUUAAUCUAUUAUAAUUUUAUUGUGGAGAGCCAUUUUGGUGUAGUGGCUAAGGCAUCAGGCUAGA